AUGUCACUGGAAGCAUAUUCUCAGGUGCUUGUGCGCAAGGUUGGGGAUACCUUUGAUAUAUUCGAUACUGAGAAGAAUGGAACAAUUGAUGUCAGAGAGGUAGGAACUGUUCUGCGCUCCUUGGGGGUGUACCCCACUGAGGCCCAGCUGCACUCCAUGCUGUUAGAAAUACAGCAGGAUGAGCCGUCCAUGUAUGUUUCUAAGGCAUCGUUUAUGGCUGUGGUGUGCCGGGUGAUCAGCACAAAUGAAAUAACUGGUCCUGCUCCGGAUGAACUUGCCCGGGCAUUUGCCGUUUUGGACCCCAACAAUACCGGGUUUCUAGAAACGGAGCAGCUCAGGGUUUACUUGACUACGAGCGGGGAGCGGUUGAACGCCGAUGAAAUGGAGAAUUUUAGUGCCUUUGCCACAGAUACAGAAACGGGUCUAAUUGAUUGGAGAUCCUAUCUAACUGCUGUGACAGACAUCCUGUGGCAAAAUGAUGACUAA